AUGGCCAAGAGGAAACAUAGAAAGCUCUUCCCUAUAUUAGCAUCAGAGCCAAACAAAACAUUAGAUUGCUCAAUAGGAAUCUCCGUGUACCAACCAUCUCAAGACGCUUCAUCUUCUUUAGGCGCUAUAACCAUCAUCACCGUCACCGGAGCCGUCUUAGCCAUCCUUCUAACCGGUUUCUUUCUUGCAGCCAAAUACGUUACAAAGAGUGUAAACCGAGUCAACCUCGAGAGAUACCACUCUCAAAGAGACCCCCAAGAUGGUGCAAUAGAUGAAGAGUUUCAAGACACAGAACAAGUAGACCAUCCGAUAUGGUUGAUUAGGACAACAGGGCUACAACAAUCGAUCAUAAACUCGAUUACCAUCUGUAGUUACAAGAGAGGAGAUGGGUUGAUAGAGAGAACAGAUUGUCCUGUUUGUUUAAACGAGUUUGAAGAAAACGAGAGUCUUAGGUUAUUACCUAAGUGUAACCAUGCUUUUCACAUCUCUUGUAUUGACACGUGGCUUAGGUCUCAUACUAAUUGUCCUUUGUGUCGAGCUGGUAUAACGAUCACUCCACGGUGUUCUGGUCCGGUUGAUGUGAAUCCUGGAGGGUCAGGGUCUGGUGAUGUUGUUGAUGAAGAUCGUGGAGAGGUUGAGAAUGAUGAAUCGGGUUCUAAAGAGAGAUUGAGUUUCAGUUCUGAUGUAAGGAUUGAAAUGUAUGGAGAUGUGAAUGAGGUUAACCAGAGCACUGAGGAGGGUGGUGGAGCAGAAACAGAGGCAGAUGAGCAAGUUAGGGUUUUGGAGGAGUGUAUGGAUCCCUUGGGAGAGAAAACCCACAAAGAAGAAAGUAGUGACUCUGGUGAAGAUACAGUGAAGAGUGAGACAAGCAUGUCGUUGAAGACAGGAGGAAGCUCAUGUUUCAGUUCAGACAAGAGUUCGCUUUUUUCGGUGUAGGAAAGUCUCUACUACCAAAAACCAUUUUUCCAAUGUAUAAAGAAGAGAAAAUAAGCUACAAUGCACAAGUGUCUAUAGUGUGUUUGUAAAUCUAAAUAGAAGAAGGC